GCUCUAAAUUGCAACAUUAUUAACUUCAAAUCAAGCGGCCCAAUCUAAUACUUCCACGUCCGGCCAGCAGCAAGCCGCGUCCUUCCCCAGCAUCCCAUCCGUCGCAUAUGCACCACGUCUCCCAUAAUUUGCCACCAUGGCACUUUCCAAAAUACUAAACCCAUCAUACUUCAACGAACUUGAUUGAACCACGUAUGAUGGACCCACGAAAUCACUAACAGAUAAAACCAACCCAAAACCAUGAACUUGCAACACGCAGCAGAUGACAAUUGCCCUUCGAUGGGUCCAAGAACCGAGGCAUGCGUUAAUCGGCGCAUUGAUGAAGCACAGCUGUAAACCAAACACCUCUCUGCUCCACGUGACCCCACUGUCCCCUUAACGAAACCCAAAACUACUUUCAUUACGCCACUUCAAACUCGUUUUUCUUCUUCAACAGGCUUCCAAGCUUUGCAACUUGUUACUGACCAUGGCUUCCUCCUCUUCUUCACUUUUCUGCAAGCUUCUUUCUGCCCUUUUCAUCGCUUAUAUUGUCCUUUCAAGCUCAAAAGUUGAAGCUCAAGUUGAAGAGACAGGCUUGAAGCUGAUGAGAGAUGCUUUAGAAUGGCCACUUUCAAUGUCUCUUUACAGUGACUUAAACGACAAUGAGGAAGGUGACGAGGAGAUAGAUGAUGAAGAGGAAAGUGGGUAUAGUCGCAGAUCCUUGUUUUGGAGGAGAAUGAAGUAUUACAUUUCGUACGGGGCACUUUCUGCUAACAGAAUCCCAUGUCCACCAAGGUCAGGCAGGUCUUAUUAUACUCACAACUGUUUCAAUGCUCAUGGCCCUGUUCAUCCUUACACUAGGGGUUGUUCCAGGAUCACUCGGUGCAGGAGAUGAGGUUAUCAUUUUAGGCUUUGAAAAUUUGGGUUCUUUUAAUUGGAAAUGGGUACUAUUUAUUUUGUGAGAAUGUGGAAGAUUUGAGUGUUAUAUAGCUAAAAUAUCAGUAGUUUUAGAAAUUUGGGUGUUUUUUUUUUAAUGGUUGCGCUACUACCUUUCUAUGUGGAUUAGCAACGUGAUUAUAUAACUUAUUAUGUGUAAUGAGGUUACACUAUUCUAUGUUUAUGGUAAUUACUCUAAUUGUGAUUUUUUUGUUUGUUGUAUUUUCAAUUCAGUCGCUUUGUUGUAUUAGUAUAAUUUAUGAAGCUAUCAACUAUCACUUCGUCAGUCUUUGAUCUCAUAAACUUUCAUGUAAAUGCUUGAAGACUUGAACCCUACUAGAUCUUUGUCGGUGUCAACUCAUGCAAACUUGGCUUUGCUUUUUUGUUAAGGGACUUUAAUUGAGCUGAAAUCAUUGUAGAAGACUUGGGUGAUGGAAUUACAGACUAAUUUUUGAGCUUUUGGUUAUGAUUUAUGUAGAUUAACAGCUUGAUAACUUAGAUUGAUUUGUUAUAACUAGUUAUGAAGAUGUGUUACAUCAUUAUGUAGGCUAAUAAUAUCAAUUAAAAGCUCUGCCUUGGUUUUUUGGUUACGUGGUUGGUUGGGAUAUAGGUUACAAAAGAUUUAAGUUGUGAUCAUAAGAUUUAGGAAUUGUUUUUGGUAUUAAGGAGAUCCCAGCAUGGGAAUAAA